AUGGCAGUCAACGUGCUUGGGCUACCGCUGGUGAGCACGCUGCCGUACGUGUACCAGACGCCCGCGCUUGGAACAGGCGCGUACUCGGCGGUCUACCGCGGCAGCCUGGCCGAAACCACAGGGCACACGCCGCGGGUGGCUGGAGUCGGGCGCGAUCUGCUCGCCGACGUGGCGCUCAAGGUGAUCAAAAAGUCCGAGCUGGACGCCAAAGCGAGAGCCCGGCUGCGACACGAGGUCGAGCUGCACGGCUCGGUGGCCCACAGCUCUAUCGUCCGCUUGCUGGACAUGGUGGAGACGGCCGACGAGGUCGUCCUCGUCCUGGAGCGGAUGGACGGCGGCGAGCUGUUUGACCGCAUCGUGGCCAUGCGCUCUUUCUGUGAGGCCGAUGCCGCAGCUAUCAUGAAAAAGAUCGUGGUGGGCGUGGCGCAUUUGCACGCUGUGGGCAUUGCGCACCGCGACCUCAAGCCUGAGAACAUCCUCCUCGCUACCGACGACUUGGCCUCUGUCCGCAUCGCCGACUUUGGCCUGGCCAAGCGCAUCGGCGACGACGGCAACCUGCUGACCCCGUGCGGAACGCCGGGCUAUCUCGCGCCAGAAGUCGCCUCGCUCUCGGCCUACGACCUCUCCGUCGACAUGUGGUCGCUCGGCGUCGUCCUCUACACCAUGCUCGCCGGCUUUCCGCCCUUCUACUCCACCUCGACCCGCAAACUGCUCAAGAAGAUCAAGCGCGGCCGCUUUAACUUUCCUUCGCCCUACUGGGACGGCAUCUCGGACGCCGCAAAGAACCUCGUCUGCGGCUUGCUCAACGUCGACGUCACGGCCCGCCUCUCCGCCGCAGAAGCCCUGGCCCACCCCUGGCUCGCGCCCAAGCUCCCGUCGCCCAUCGCCCAGCCGCUGGCCGCCGACGCCGACGCGGAAAGUCAGCUUCCUUCGCCCCAGAACAUGCGCGUCUGGUCCGCCCGCUCCGCCCGCGAAGGUGUCCAGGAGGUCAACGUCGCCCUCGCCAUCGCCAUCGACGCCCAGCGCGACGACUCAGCCGGCGGCGGCCUCGCCCUCUCAAACUCCUCGCUCUACAACCGCCGCAAGCGCGGGCUGCCGCAGCUCGCCCUCCCGUCGGCCACUGCCGCCGCUGCCGCCGCUGCCGCCGCCUCGACAAACGACAACAUUGUGUGCUACCAGGCAGACAUAGAGCCUCAGCUGGGGCCUGAUAGGCGGGCCGUGUGGCGGAACGACGAUGCGCCGGUGGCGGUCUUUUGGCAGCUCAUCGACGAGGCGACCAUGGUGGAGCGGUCGGCUAAGGGCAAGGACGAUGUGACGUCCGAGCUGACGUAUGUGCAGCGCAAGAUGGCAUAUGGGUGCACAACUUUGCGGAUUACGGAGGAGGACGUGUUGACCCAGCUGCGACGGAUUGUGGCGUGCAACGCAGAGCUCAUCGAAGUCCACCAGCUCCAGCUGGUCGCGCUUCCGGACAAGAUGCUGCUGAUGGUGGUGUACGAGGAUCCUGCCAUCGACUCGGUCGCGGCCGCCGCCGUGACGGUCAUUGACGGCGAACUUGCGCUUCUCUCGCGGGUCUUUGUCAAGGUGGUGCCAGGCAAGUGGAUCUCGGCCUGGCCAAAGGUGACGUACGCGCUUGUCGACGGCGUAUCGUUUGUCUCGGGCGCACGAGUCCACGAGAUGCUCCCUGCUGACGGCAGCGGCUCCAAAAAAGACAAAAAGGCUGCCGCCAAGGCCGCCAAGGCUUCCCGCGGCGCAUCUGCAGUCCUCGCUGUCCUGCAGGCAGCUCUGCCGCCGGUCGAGCUGCAUCACGGUGCGCUCCUCGGCGCAUCGCUGGACACCCCGCCCAUCGUGGUCCCGGACGCCUCACUGCGGCAGAUGGUGGAACCCAAGGCCUCGCCGCUGGUCAAGGCUCUUGCGUCCAUUCCAACCGAGUCGGGCUCGGCGCCUUCGCCGCUCGGCCGCAUCCGCAGGCGCAAGCGGCGCUCCAAGUCGCGCGCAGCCAACAAGUCGAGCGCCACAACCAGCCCGCGCACCGCCGCCCCUGCCCGCCGCAAAAUUGUGCUCUCCGAAUCGCUCGAAUGGUCCGACGACGAUGACGGUGCCGAUGCCGCGUCCGGCCCUGCCUUUCCCUCGCUCGAGCCCGAGACUCGCCGUAGCCAUUCCGCCGCCACCGCCGAUCCGGAUAGUGACCCCGACCCCGACUCGGAGGUCUUUGUCACCGCCGACGACGGCUGCGGCGGCUGGCCGGACCUGGAGCUUUGA